GGCUGCACCCUAUCAGUACUUGCUAGUGGAGUCUUAUGCUGUUGCUGCUUGCUCCUGGUGUGCUCCGCGGGCCUCGGGAAUCCUUGCAACACCGCCAGCAUGUCUCAGGCUGAGUUUGAGAAAGCUGCCGAGGAAGUUAAGCACCUCAAAACCAAGCCAUCAGACAAUGAGAUGCUGUGCCUCUACAGCCACUACAAACAAGCCACCGUGGGUGACGUGAAUACAGAACGGCCCGGGAUAUUGGACCUCAAAGGCAAGGCCAAGUGGGAUGCCUGGAAUGAACUGAAAGGGACUUCCAAGGAAGAUGCUAUGAAAGCUUACGUCAGCAAAGUAGAAGAGCUAAAGAAAAAAUACGGAAUAUAAAAGACUGGAUUUGGUUGCCAGCCACACAUUUAACCUAAACUGAUAUAAUGCCUUGUUUUUUCCAAUACUGUGGAUGAUGUGAAAUAAUGAAAAUAACCAGUUAACUCAGCUCCUCAAGGCUGUUCAGGAUACGGCUCUAACAGAUUGGGGCUAAAAUGAUUACUGACCUUCCCUGAGUAGUUUUUAUCACAGAUCAAUUAAAGUGCAUUUUGUUACUUUAA